AUGAUCGACGAGUCCAUGAUUGCCACCAACUGCGACCUCACGCAAACUCCACCACAAGAUCAGGAUGUGAACGCAGCAAUGGCAAGAAAAAGUAUGAAAAGAGUUGCCAGAAACCUUAUAUUCACAAUUCCAUGCUUGAAAUCUUCUUCAACUGGAACUCGGAAGGGAAAAAAUCGAAAAAGAAACCCACCAGUUUUACUCAAAGCUUUUCAAAAGCACCGAUGCUCCACAAAAUUCCAGUAA